ACAAGUGAUAUGGCCUGCACGCCGUCCUUCAGCACGCCAGUGUUGGUGUAGUAAGCGCCCGCCAUAACCUUACCGAGCUGUUUCUGCUUCGCUUCUUAUUUCCACCAUUAUGAACUCCGAGGAACUCAGUCUGUCCAGCUUGUCAGGAGAGGAGACCAAGGCAGCGGGAGAGGAAGGUCUGCGGUUGCGUUCAAGGGACCACCGACACAAACACAAGAAGAAGCACAAGAGACACUCACACAAACACAAGCAUCGCCACAAGUCCUCCUCCAGGAAAGAACGAAGACACAAGAAGCACCGGUGCAAACACAGACAGAAAGACUCAGAGAGUGACAGCGAGGAAUCAGAGGAUGAGGAGCUUCAGCUUAUUGACGACCUACUGGAGUCUACCCUUAAGCCGGGAAAACCUGCCCCAGCCAACACUGACGCCCCCGCCCAAGUCAAGGAGCGGGGCAGGGAUGUGGAAAUCCUUCGGGCUGCAGCAGGGAACGGCAUUGUGGAGUCCAUGAAAAUUGUCGUUGAUAAUCGCAAUGGAAGCAAGGAACAGCCAGUGACAGUGUCCAGCAGUGAGGAGGAGGUGGGGAGCAUGGAGAUUGGAGUGAGCAAUGACGAGAACUCCCGGGAAAUGACAAGGCGGGCCGAGGAAUUCUGUCUCGACUCCUCAGAUUUCCUGCACAUUGAUGAGGAUCUUAACUUGGAGGAACUUAUGAAGCAGAAGGCAGCUCUCCAGGCACGUCUUGGGGCAUACAUGAGUGACGUGGAGGAGGAUGAGACGGUCCCCGCACCAGCAACAAUAGAGGCUGUGCAGGACGUCCCCCUCCCUACCCAGAAGCCUCCUCCACCUGCUGUAGAGAAGAAGCCAGCGCAGGAGGUGGUCACAAUCGAGGACUCAGAUGAUGCGGAACCCAAGCGUAAAGACCGCAAGAAGGAGAGGGAAUCCAGACCCAAGAAACGGAAGCGAAGCAGAUCCAGAGGGGAGGCUGAGGAGAAGGAGAAGAAGGUGCGGAGGGAGAGAGACAGACGUGACAGGGAACGGAGAGAGGAGGGGAGCUCAAGGAGGGAUCAUCGGAGAGACAGAGAGAAGGGCCCAGGUCACAACAGGUCAAGGUCAUUGGUGGAUGAACAGAAGGAGAGGAGCCGGGAGAAGAGCAGGGAGAGGAAGGAGAAGGAACGGCAGAUGAGGGAAAAGCUACAGAAGGAACAGGAGAAAAGGGAGAGGGAGUGGCAGGAGCGAGAGGAGCGGAGGAAAAGGGAGUGGGAGAAGAGGAUGGAGGAGAGGAAGGAGAGGGAGAGGCUACGAGAGGAGAGGCUCAAAGACAGACCAGAUAGCAGGGACAAGGAGAGGGACCGGCGGCGGGACGACAGCCACCGGGACAGAGACAGGGACAGGGACAGGGAUCGCGACAGAGACCGAGACAGAGAUCGGGACAGAGACAAGAAUCGCAACAGAGAAAUUGACCGGGAGAGAGAGAGGCAGAAGGAGCUGAUUGGAAAGGCCAAGGAGUCGUCUUCUGAUUCUAAUGAAGAGGAUAUUGACUUCGAUGAGGAGGAGGAAGAGGAGGAGCAGAAGAUUGAGCGUAUGAGGAGACAGAGGGAACAGCUGUACAAGAAACUUGGUCUGGAAAAGGACUCAUCCCAGGUCACUCCAGCCAGCAGUGCUGUCCCCUCGGCCACCAACACACCCAGGGACUCCCCAGCACCACCCUCCAGACCCCCAUCACAGGCCAGAUCGAUUGCUGAUGCCCCUGCCAUCUCCACCCCUGCCAUGUCAAGAUCAGGCUCUCCAAGAUCCCAGUCACGGUCAUCCAGCAGAAGCAGCAGCAGCAGCAGAGAGCAGGAAGACCAGGAGGAUGAGGAGAAUGAGAGGAAAGAAGAUGCAGCAGCAGGCUCUGGCAGUACUAGUAAUAGCAUUGAAAACAGCAGGAAUGAUAACAGCGAAGAGGAUAAGGAGAACCAGAAGCAGCAGGAAAAUAACAGCGCUACAGCAGAUACAAAAGACAACAGCAAUGAUAAGAAUGCAGCAGAGAAUAUGGAAGAAGAAAAUGAAGAGAACCAUGCAGAGAAGGACUUGAACAAGAAGGACAUGUUCUCUGAUAUGUUUGGGGAGAACUUUGCUGUGGACAAGCUUGGGGACAUCCACCAGGGCACCUCGGAGAACCCCAACUUGACAGACAACUGGGACGAUGCUGAGGGUUAUUACAGAGUCAGGAUCGGCGAGGUGCUGGACACAAGGUACACUGUCUAUGGGUACACAGGGCAGGGAGUGUUCAGUAACGUGGUGCGGGCGAGGGAUGCAGCGAGGGGAAGCCUGGACGUGGCCAUCAAGAUCAUCAGGAACAAUGAGGUCAUGCAUAAGACAGGCAAGAAGGAACUCAACAUACUUAAGACUCUGAAUGACGCUGACCCAGAUGACAAGUACCACUGUCUUCGUCUCUUCCGACACUUUUUCCACAAGAACCACUUAUGCAUGGUGUUUGAGCCCCUGUCUAUGUCGCUGAGAGAGGUGCUGAAGAAGUAUGGAAAGGAUGUGGGUCUGCAUGUGAAGGCUGUGCGCUCCUACACCCACCAGCUGUUCUGUGCCCUCAAGCUGCUGCGCAAGUGUAACAUCCUACAUGCUGACGUCAAACCCGACAAUAUUCUGGUCAAUGAGAAGAAACUUGUGCUGAAACUAUGUGAUUUUGGUUCUGCUUCUAAGGUCACUGAGAAUGAGAUCACACCUUACUUGGUUGCCAGAUUUUACAGAGCACCUGAGAUUAUUCUUGGCAUGACGUACGACUUCGGGAUUGACUUGUGGUCUGCUGCUUGCACCAUCUAUGAGCUGUACACUGGCAAGAUCAUGUUUCCAGGGAAGACAAACAAUCAGAUGCUGAAGUUGUUCAUGGACUUGAAGGGUAAAAUGCCAAACAAGGUCAUCAGGAAAGGAGCCUUCAAGGACCAGCACUUUGACCCGGCGUGUAACUUCCUCUACCGGGAUGUUGACAAAGUCACUGAGAGGGAGAAGAUUGUGGUCAUGGCUACAAUCAACCCCACACGAAACCUUCAACAUGAGAUGCUGGGAGACGGAAACCUGCCCGAAGAUCACGCCCGCAAGGUGACCCAGCUGAAGGAUCUCCUGGAGCGCUGCCUCAUGCUGGACCCCAUCAAGCGUGCCACCAUUGACAACUGCCUCAUGCACUCCUUCAUCCGGGAGAAGAUGUAACCCCAAGUCAAAGGAACAGAGUAACAUGAUUUUAUUUAUGCAACACAAUCACAGGGCAAGGUCUGACAAGUGUCUCAUGCACCCUUUGGUCCGAGAUCUGUGUCUUGAGUCAAGGGGACUAAGGGUCAUACUUAUGUGGAUUUCUUGUUGUCACAGAGUGGAAAAGUCAUACCUUGGGGAGUUGAUCUGCUCUUCUCAUACCCUUUUAGUGUUUUUUUUUGCAUUUUUUUUUUGUCCUAAGCCACCACCAGAGGGCACCUACUCACUCAUGUCAGUCACCAUCUGGCCACAAACAUGUCAUCAACUCACUGCACACACAGAUUGAAGGUAUAGUCAAUGUGAAUGCACUAAGUGUAACUACCUCCGCCAGUUAGACACAGCUUGGCUCUGACCGGAACGCUGAACCAUCCUGAAACGUAUAAUUUUGACGGCAGGUGAAGUUUGUAAUUUGUGGUGUGUGGUUUGUGUAAGAUGAGGAAGAGGUAGACCUUUGUGUUCUUUGUGUGUUUGUGCUGUGUGGAAGAAUGAGGGUAAAUAUGUGUGUUUGCAAAUAUUUAUAAUCUGUGCAGUUGGAUGCAUGUCAAAGUGUGCAUUUAUAUGUAAUUGAUGUGAGGAGGGAAUAGUGCAUUAAUUUUUGUAUACAGUGAUAUGCUCACAAAAACGUUAACAAUCAGAUGCUGGUUAGUGUCUUCAAAGGUUUUACCAAAUGACAGGGAUAUGUGUGGAUUCAUCUUUGUGUGUGUGUACGUGUGUGAGGGAAGGAAGGGAGGCCAUGUGUGUUGGAGGAAUCCCCAGUCUAACUUUUUUUUUUCUUUUUUUAAUGUGAAUGGGGAUAUAAAUACAGUGGCAAUUUUAUAUUUACCUCCAGUGUUGUGAGUCACCACUUGCCACUCUGAUGCAAAGUGGCUCCCUUCUUGCAUCAAUUAUUACACUAAGUCGUGGAGUGUCUCCCUAAAAUUCAGACUCAUGGAGUUUGUAGGGGAAUAAAUUCUUUAAUUUUGUAAUAAGUUUCAUUGGAGACACAGUACUGUUGAUAUAUUGUAAAAUAAAAAAAAGCAAAUUGUUCACCA